CACUCACAACUUCUCACCUUACUCUCUGCCCUCCAAUCAGUCAUGGCCACCUCCACCAUGUCUGUCUGCUCUGACGCCUGCACCAACUCCUCCUGGCAGGUGGAUGACUGCCCAGAGAGCUGCUGUGAGCCUACCUGCUGUGCCCCCAACUGCUGCCAGUCCAGCUGCUGCCAGCCCAGCUGUUGUGUGCCCAGCUGCUGUGCCCCCAGCUGCUGCCAGCCCAGCUGCUGUGCCCCCAGCUGCUGCCAGUCCAGCUGUUGUGUGCCCAGCUGCUGCCAGCCCAGCUGCUGUCUGUCCAGCUGCUGUGCCCCAGCCUCCUGCCUGACCCUCAUCUGCACCCCAGUGAGCUGUGUGUCCAGCCCCUGCUGCCAAUCUGUCUGCUGCUCACCCUCAUGCUGCCAACAGUCUAGCUGCCAGCCAGCUUGCUGCACCUGCUCCCCCUGCCAACAGUCCUGCUGUGUGCCUGUCUGCUGCAAGCCUGUCUGCUGCACACCCAUCUGCUCUGGAUCCUCAUGCUGCCAGCAGUCUAGCUGCCAGCCAUCAUGCUGUCAAUCUUCCUGCUGUGUGCCUGUCUGCUGCAAGCCUGUCUGCUGCAAGCCCUGCUCCAGCGUGUCCCUGCUCUGCCGCCCUGUGUGCAGACCUGCCUGCUGUGUGCCCACCUCCUCCUGCUGUGCCUCCUCCUGCCAGCCCAGCUGCUGCAAGCCCUGCUCCAGUGUGUCCCUGCUCUGCCGCCCUGCCUGCUCCCGCCAGGCCUACUGUGGCCUCUCCUCAGGCCAGAAGUCCAGCUGCUGAUGGGUCCAUCCCCUGGGGAUCUCUCACCUCUGCCCCUAGUCCCUGAGCUGCCUCAGAUGCACACCCUGCCUAAGCUUGAGUGUCUUCCAUCAGAAAACAGAGGAUCCUGUCUUGCUCUCUGACACUGCCCAGCCUGAGGUUCUGGUCACAAGCCAGGGAACCCUGCUCCGUAGUCUGGGUGUCAGCAGGCUUCUCUGUGGGAAACUGCCAGGUGCCCUCUAGCUGGAAGCCUCCUCAGAACCCUAAUAAACUCUUUCCUGGACCUCA